GAUAAUCUAUUGAAGGAACCAAAACUUGGAAACCAUGGCGACGAAGCUCCUCUUCUCAAGCCUCCGUCGAACCCUAAUCACUUCGACCUCCACCGCGGCUCCCCUCCGCUCUCUCUCCACUGCGGCAGCCACCGAGAAGGCGCCGGAUGCCUAUGACGACGAUUCGGCGAUUGUGAUGAAAGGAGUUCGAAUCCGUGGAAGGCCUCUUUACCUGGAUAUGCAGGCGACGUCUCCGGUCGAUCCUAGGGUUUUGGAUGCAAUGCUUCCGUAUUUCCUCUCUCUCUACGGGAACCCUCACUCGCGGACCCAUCUCUACGGCUGGGAAUCGGAGAACGCGGUGGAGGCGGCGCGUGGCCAGGUCGCUGCUCUGAUCGGCGCGUCGCCGAAAGAGAUCAUCUUCACCUCCGGCGCGACGGAAUCGAACAAUAUAUCGGUGAAGGGGGUGAUGCACUUCUACAGGGACAAGAAGAAACAUGUCAUAACCACUCAGACGGAACACAAGUGCGUCCUGGAUUCUUGCAGGCAUCUGCAGCAGGAAGGAUUCGAGGUAACUUACUUGCCUGUGAAAAGCGAUGGACUGAUCGAUUUGGACAAGUUGAGAGAAGCUAUUCGACCUGAUACCGGGCUAGUUUCCAUUAUGGCUGUUAAUAAUGAAAUUGGUGUGAUCCAACCGAUGGAGGAGAUAGGAAAAAUAUGUAAAGAACACAACGUUCCGUUCCACACGGACGCUGCUCAGGCAAUUGGGAAGAUACCCGUUAACGUAGAUAAGUGGAAUGUUAGUUUGAUGUCCUUGAGUGGGCACAAGAUCUAUGGGCCAAAGGGGAUUGGUGCUCUGUAUAUGAGAAGGCGACCAAGAAUCCGGGUUGAGCCCCAGAUGAAUGGUGGAGGACAAGAGAGGGGAAUUCGUAGUGGAACAGUUCCUACACCUCUGGUUGUUGGGUUUGGUGCUGCGUGUGAAGUGGCGAUGAAAGAGAUGGAGUAUGACGAUAGGAGGGUUAGGGCUUUGCAGGAGAGGCUGCUUAACGGAAUUAGGCAGAAGCUCGAUGAGGUUGUGGUGAACGGUUCGAUGGAGAAUCGUUAUGCGGGCAAUCUGAACUUGUCAUUCGCCUAUGUGGAAGGGGAGAGCCUGUUGAUGGGUUUGAAGGAAGUUGCAGUAUCUAGUGGAAGUGCUUGCACUAGUGCGAGUUUGGAGCCUUCCUACGUGUUAAGGGCGUUGGGUGUGGACGAGGACAUGGCUCACACUUCUAUAAGGUUUGGAAUCGGAAGGUUUACUACUGAGGCUGAGAUCGAUAGGGCGGUGGAGCUGACAGUGAAGCAAGUAGGGAAGUUGAGGGAUUUGAGCCCACUCUAUGAAAUGGUGAAAGAAGGUAUAGAUAUCAAGCAGAUACAAUGGACUCAACAUUGAGUCUAGAGCUAUGGAGGUUACUAUAUAUAUAUACAUCUAUAAGAGAAAUCUCAGGAUCUGGGUUGAACCAGAUUCAGACAUGUGAGUGGUUUUAGAGAGUGAACUGAGAAUUUGCUUGCAAGUUUUUGUAAUAUGAACCACAAAGCAGAGCAACAAAUCUGCAACUAGAGAGACCAUUUCUGGUUUGUUUCUGUGAUAAUGGGUGGUUUUGGUAUUUUGGAUGGAUUGAGUUUGUUCAUU